AUGUAUUGCAAACCGCACUCCUUCAACGGCUCCGAAGGAGCAGUGAGCCUUCUUCACUGGAUCGAGAAGGUCGAGUCUGUGUUCAUGAUGUGCGAAUGCCCUGCUAACAAUUGGGUGAAAUUUGCUACUAGUACCCUAGAGGGAAACACACUUUCUUGGUGGAAUGCACAGGUUCAGAUGCUCGGAUUAGCAGAUGCCAAUGCCACUCCUUGGAAUGACUUCAAGGAUCUGAUCAAGAAAGAAUAUUGUCACAGGGAUGACAUCUAUAAACUCGAGACGGAAUACUACGAUUUAAAGAUGGUUGGAUCUGAAAUCGAGGCGUACACCAAAAGGUCCAACAGUUUGGCUGCACUAUGUCCCAACAUGUCACAGCCUACUUACAAGAGGAUUGAGCUUUAUCUCAAGGGCUUAGUUCCCCAAAUCCAAAGUUUGGUGACUUCAGCUAAUCUUCCCAUGAUCCAGCAAGUCGUCCGUCUAGCACACCGUCUCACUGAUCAAGCUAUGGAACAGGGCAAGCUGCCCAAAUGCAUCAAUACUACUACUACUAUUGAUACCCCUAGUGACAACAAGCGCAAAUGGGAUGGUAACCAAGGCAAAGACCCUAACCCCACAUAA